GACGCGACCAAGCUCUGACCUUUGCGUAUGCACUGCAGACAGCUCCACCUUUCAUUCCAUCCAUUCCACUCAUCACUUUACCAAGGACCCACUUGAUAAAAAAAAACCAAAAUUCAUUCAUCAGCUUAAAGCCAAUCAGUCAAUUAUGUCUCUCCGCCUCGCACCUUCAAGCAAACCCUCGACCGCAGGAUCGGCCUCGGUCUUUGAUACGUCAAACUCGUAUGGACUCCACGACACGAUGCGCUUUGGCAUGAGACAGAUUGCAAGUGAGGUCACUGCAAAGCAUCCUCUUGAGAAUCGUCUUGCUGAGUGGGAGAACACACAGGACGAGCUCAAGAUGAAUUUGGCCCGUAACAUGUACGGUAUGCACGCACCGAUCAAGAUGGCGAUGGAGCGCUCUUUGGUCAUCAAGGCGCGUGGACCAUCCAUGCUCCCCCGAAGCUCGAACUUGGGACUGGAUAUUUUGGUGGGCAAGGAUGAAACGAUCGAUUUCGAAGACUUCUUGAACGUUCCUGAACUGUCGACGGAUAUGGUGGAUGUGCACACAGUCAUGGAGCACCAGCUUGGAAUCCGCGUAUAAGUUCAGGAUACAGAACAAAUAGAAAUACAAUAAGGAGAGCAGACAAGACGAAUGAUUGAUCGAGCUCGGUUCCUGUCUGUCUAAACCGGAGACCAGAUUUUUUUUUUUUUUUUAUUGGGGACGCAAAGUGGAAAAUAAAGAAAAGGUUUGCCGGCGAUGUCUGAC